UAGAGGUUUUUUUGAUGAAAUGUUUCGGUCCCUUUGUCACUUUGUGAAAAUAAUGUUAUUUCUUUUCAAUGUGGAUUGGAUAGUUUUCAUGUGAGGACCUUCUAGAGUUUGUUAUUCUGGUGUUUAUAUGUUUAAUUUUUUAAAAUAAAUCUAAAACUCAUAAAUUAAAUAUUUUAAGUAUUUACUUAUAAAAUCACUCAGUCAUGUAUUUUGUUCACUUUAUAGAUUAAAUAAUGCACCAGUUCAGGGAUAUACAGAUGACGUUGGUAAUAAAACCACCAUAAGAAUGACGUAUCCAGAAGGCGCUCCCUUAUCUCAACAUGAAUAUUAUCCAGAUGGUUUGUUUGUUGCAGUUCUGUUUAAAAGUGUUGAUUUUGGUUGGAUUCAAGCCAUGGUUAAAAAUGAAACAUUGUCACUGUGGAUGCGAUUGUUCUUUUGGAAGCAGGUGGCUGAGAAAAUACCUGUGAUGCCUAAACAAUUUCGCAUCUUGAACCCAACAAUCAUUAAAGAGACUGCUUUGGAUAUUCUGGAGUACCCAGCACCUCGACCAAAGUUUUGGGGAUGGGAUAAGAAUGUACCUACUAUUGGAGUGACAGCAGUUGUUCUGGCUACACAUUUAUGUGAUGAAGUGAGUUUAGCUGGAUUUGGAUAUGAUCUUAGUCAACCCAACACACCGUUGCAUUAUUAUGAUAAUCUUUGCAUGGCUGCCAUGAAUGGACAAACAAUGCACAAUGUUACUACAGAAACAAAAUUUCUCCAGAAACUGAUAAAAGAGGGAGUUGUGACAGACCUCAGUGGAGGAAUAUUUUGCACCUUCUGCAAGAAGUCCAGCUAAUGAUUGAAACUGAGCCUAGAGACUGGAUUCUGCAUGUUCCUUGUGGAUUUCUCCUUUCCAAAGGAGGCUCUCUCAGUGUUUUCAUCAUGCCCUAAAGAACCCCUGAUCUCCAUGUUUAGCACAUUGAGUUGACAGUGUUUUAUGUAGUGCUUUCCACAAGAAUUUUGUUGGUAAAGGACAUUUCAUUAAUGUGUAUUUGAUGGCUGGAGCAGUUUUCAUAAGCUAUUUUGAUUUUAUAGGUCAUUAGGCUUUGAUACAUGCUACCCAACCCAAACAAAGAAAAAAAAAUCUCAAAUGGUUCUUCAUGCUAAUAUAUAUGUUUUUAUUUGAGAAUAUGAAAAAUGAGUUAUUUAAGUAACAUAUUUUGGAGAAAGAGGUUACAUCCAUAAGUUCCAAAAGUUUACUUUUCGUGUUGUUUGUGCAUGAACCUUUUCAGCAGCAAAGCCAAAGGACUGCAAAGCACCUUUUCAUUGAUAUGGCUAGGAAGUGCAAUAUCCACUUCCAGUUUUGAGGCUGGGCCUUUAAUAAUUGUCAGUUGUGGACAGGUGCUAUGUUAAAUCCAAUCUACUGACUCUCCUGAAACAAGCAGAUAAAAAUUAUUAUUGUGAGUUUAUAACAAUAUUGCAUGCUGCAUUACAUGCUGCAUCUGCAAAGUAUAAAAUUACCUUACUUCUUUUCAUUGGGGAAACAACCCUGUGGUUGCUAAUCAAUAUAAAAUAACCCCCUUCCACCACUGGAAAACAUUUUUUCUAGCUCUGUCUGCAUCUGGUUGUUUUAAAACAUUAUUUAUUUUUAAAAAAAAGUUCUCUCCAAAACUGAUGCAUUCUGACUGGCAAAGAAUAGUACAUCACAAAUGCAAAAGAAUGCAGGUGUCGUGUUCUUGCUUUUUUGAUCUUUGUAGCAUCUGAAGGAGAACUCUGUCCACUUUCCUCUUAUUAUAUGCAUAUGUUUUUAAUGUAUUGUAAUGUCAGGAAGAGAUACACAAUGGAAAGAAAUGGUUUCUAACAGCAGGAGACUGGCUAAAUUACUAGAGACAAGUCAGACCUGCAGCAGAAUACUGCAGCAUUUAUGUGCACACCAGGAAUGCUGCUGUUCAGGAUUCCAGUCACUCAGGCAUAUCCUUCACCAGGAUGCUUUAUAGGCUAUUUGAUAGUCUAGUAGCUGGAAUGACAGAAGCCCAGAUGAAAAGUAUGAUGAAAGUAGGUCUGAGGACCAAAAAUAGAUUAGACUCCCCCUUAUGCCACAUUGCAAACUGAGAGGGCUUUUGAAAGCAGUUUGUUAUUUGACAUGGAAACCUAUUUAAGAGCGUCAAAACUUCAAGGUGGCUAAGGCAAACUCUUUGCAAGAGCCUAAGUUAAUUUUUGGACCCCAGCUAGGCCAAAUUACAGAAAACAUUUCUCUUAGAGCCUAACUAGACAUAUCAGGGCAGCCACAUACAUAAAACAGAUAAGGUUAGCCGGUUCUUUGCACAAAGUGGAGUGUGCAGAGGAAAUGAGAUUAAAACCUCUCUUCCUACUGUGGUCUGUAGCAGUUUUCCUGUUGGUUAAUUCUAAGUGUUACUGGAGCUAUGAAGAUGGGACAUUGCUUCAGGCAGAGAAUAGCUGUUCUGUGAUGUUGAGCUAGCUUUUGAUAGCUCUGUCUGCAGGAAUAAUAGAUAAACCAGUGUUUUU